AUGAUUGAUUUAGCUAUUUCAGAUUGGGCUCUUCAUCACGGAGUUAUACAAGGAGAACUUUAUUCAACAAAAACAAUUAUAAAUAAUGAAAUAUUUUCUUUUAUAUUUGCUUCCUCAAUGAAACGUAACUAUUCAAUAGUUCCUUCAAUGAUUCGUUCAUCAAACGGAAUUCUUUGGUCAUUUGAUAAUCCGUAUAAAAUAAAUUAUUUUGAUGAAAAUCAUUCACUUGAAAUAUCAAAUGAAAUAUGUAAUUUAACGUCAUUCUGUCUUUGGUAUUCUUCACCUAUUUGGUCUUUCAAUGAUUCUUUAACAACAAAAUAUUAUUUCAUGGGUGAAAUUAAUAAAUGGACAUUUAUUAGUCAACAACGAUUUUCGUCUUUAUAUACAAAUGUUGAUAAUACACAAAUGACAAUUGUUGUUCAAGGUGUAGUCAAUGAAAUAGUCGAAAUUUUAGUAUAUCAUUCAAAAUUUCAGUCUAUUACUCAUGUUAAUUGCCAUUUUUAUAUUGAUCAUUUAAUAGCUCAGCUAAUUAUUAAUUCUACAAAUGUUAUUUGUUUAUAA